GACGACUUCCAUAGUGGCGAGUUUCUGCAGUCCUAGGUCUCAAAUCGGUGCCAUGGCUUCAAUCAGGGCCACGUACUAUCUUCUUGGCAUUAUUAUAGUACUUCUCAUCAGCGCAGCGACAGCGCAAGACACUGAUAUCUAUGGCAACCCAGUCUCUUCAGAUCAGGGAUCAUACGUUGGUGGAUGCAGCAGCCAAGGAGACAGGCUGUUCAAUGGCAACUGCGGCAGUUUCGUUGAGUACUUUCGGGCCAGGGCUGACUACGCCAUUAGUCAGAGCGACGCUGACUUCAGAACAACAGUGAACUCUUCACCCUACCCAUCUGACGGGUGCUGCUAUGAUGCGCGCAGCUUUGUCCAAGGGGGUUGCAGCUGUGACCGAAAUCUGCUCUCCCAGGCCGCACAGCGCGGUGUGUCAAACAACGGCAUCAGAAUCAUUGCCAGGGCCACCCAAUUUUCCAGGUGCACCUCGAGUCAGUUUGGGGGCGGCAUUGGGACUGGCGGUUGCUAGGGCGGCUGACAAGGAGGCGCCAGCUGGCGCGUGCAUGGGGGUGACUAAGCAUUAGUGUCAGCAGUGGUCAGCAGUGUGCUGCUGCAUUGAUGUGGCGGGCAGUUUUCUGACUGCCACCGUUGAAGUCUAGAGGGGUUCCUCGCAAAUAUUUUUUUCAGAGCAGACAGAAGUUAAGGCCAAGCCUCCAAUGGCCAAUAUGAGGGGUUUCGCAGUAAUUUAAAGUACUAUGAUCAGUUUGCUGUGCACUCUUUCUGCCAUGAUUCAGGUGUGAAGUAUGCAAGAUUUUUUUCUCUGUUGAUUUAGCAGCUACUGUCGUUCAUGUCUAUAUUUAGAGUAGUGUCCUCCAUUGUGUUGCUCUUGACAAUGAUAGGAAAUUACGGUGAUUUCCUUGUAAAUGCUUAUGAGAUUGC